AUGAAGGGCGGCUUCGUAAGUGCCUCUGAUGACGCGCUGCUGCUGCAGCAGCUGCAGCAGCAACAGCUGGAAGCGCAGCAGCAGCUGCGGCAAGAGCUGCAACAGCAGCUAGAGCAGCAGGAGCUGGAGCAGCAGCUCCAGCAGGAGCUCGACAACUUACUAAACGACACAGAAUUGUAUUUUAAUAGCAGCAGCAAACAAGCUGGGGGCCCUCCUUCCUUUGCUAUUCCUGAAAGCCUCCUGGGGUACCGAGCUGCUGCAGCAGCAGCUGCUGCUGCUGCUGCAGCUUCCUGCAUGGACUCAAACGUUUUCUGCGGCUCCUUCGAGGCUCUGGAGGAGCCCUUUGAUGCAGAGCCAGCUGCAGCAGCAACAGCAGCAGCAGGACCAACCGUAGCAACAGGAGCAACAGCAGCAGCAGCAGCACCCGCAGCAGCAGCAGCAGCAGCAGCAGGCGAGCAGCCAGAAGCAGCAGAGCCUGAAGAUGAAAAGGGUUUGCCAAACCCUUUCGAGCUCUUUAUCGAACAGGUGCAGCAAGAGCUCAGCGGUGCUGCUGAAGAAGCAGCAGCAACAUCGGUCGAGCUGCAGCAAGCGCUGCAGGGCCUCACGGACUAUAAAAGAGUGCAGCAGGAGCAGCAGGAGCAGCAGGAGCAGCAGCUGCAGCUGCAGCUGGAGCAGCAGGAGCGCCAGCAGCAGGAGCUGCAGCGGCAAGAGCAAGAGCAGCUGCAGCAGCUGCUGCAGCAGCAGAAACAGCAGCUGCUGCGGCUGCAGCAAAGACAACGACAGAGGGAGGCAGAAAAAUAUGAACUCGAGCAGCCGCCUGUGCUGCAGCCUGCAGCGCCUUCUGCUGCUGCUGCUGCUGCUGCUGCAGACGUCGCAGCAGCAGCAGAGACUGCUCCAAUAGCGGAAGACAAUGCAGAGGAACACACAAAGACAGGCGCUGCUGCAGACCAUCCGCUCUCCCUGUCUUCUACCUCAGAGGAGCCUGCCGCUUCUGCUGCUGCUGCUGCUGUUCCUGCUGCUGUGCCUCCCUCCUCAGCUCCUGCAGGCAUGCAGCAGCAGCAGCAACAGCAGCAACAGCAGCAGCAACUCGCAAUGACGUUGGCGGGAAAGAACCAACCUGAAUGUAAGGGGAAAGAGACGUCACAAGACCACACAGCAGCAGCAGCAGAAACCGCAGCAGAAGCAGCAACAGCAGCAGAAGUAGAAGCCGCAGCAGAAGCAGCAGAAGCAGCAGAUAGCAGCAGAGAUAACCUUGAGGUGUUUAUCAUGAAGGGGAGAGACCCCAACAACCCGCAAGAGAUGCAGCAGGCAAAAAGGGAACUGCAGCAGCUGCAGCUGGCCCUGCUUGCUGUGGAGGAGGAGGCGCAGCAGCAGCAACAGCAGCAGCAAGCAGCAGCUCUGCUGGAGCAGCAGCAGCAGCAGCAGCACGAGCACAAGGUGCAGCAGCUGCAGCUUAAAGCCAAGAGACGAAUUCAAAAGGAGACACUUAAAGAAGAAAGAAGAAGAACUCAGCUGUACGCACAGCUUGGCCUUCUGCCCCCAGAACCAGCACACGCUGUGUCUUUUGCUGCAGCAGCAACAGCAGCAACAGCAGCAACAGCAACAACAGCUGCAGCAACAGCUGCAGCAAUAGUUGCAGCACCAGCUGCUGCAGCAGCGGGCCAAUCGCUAGCUGCCACUGCUGCUUCAGCAACAGAGCAUCUUUCUGCUCCUCUCUCUUCAGAAAGUGCGCCUCCAAUAGAGCCGCAGCAGCAGCAGAAGCAGCAGCAGCAGCACAGGGAGCAAGAGACCCAGCAACAGCAACAACAACUGGAACGCCAUCAGCAAGGCAGCCUGCCCCUUCCGGGUGCAGCGAAAGGUACUAAUGCUGCUGCAGCAUUUGCUGAUCCAGCGAAAAAUGUCCUAGAACGGGAGCAGCAGCAGCAGCAGCAGCAGCAGAGGCAGCAGCGGCAGCAACCGCAAUUGGGCUCUGUGGGGCCAUAUGAGAAGAGCAGCAAGACGUGUACAUCGGCAUCUUCUGUUGCUCUUGCUGCUCCCGCGACUCCUGUGCUACCUGCUGCUCCUGUUAUUUCUGCUGCUCCUGCUGCUCCUGAUGCUGCUGCUUCUGCUGCUGCUGCUGCAGUGGGUUUUAGGUCAGUGAAGCCACACUGGUUCACCUGA